AUGUAUGGAGCAUUUGAGUUCUUAGUGAUGCCUUUUGGCUUAACCAACGCUCCAGUCACGUUCUAUACUCUCAUGAAUCAGCUAUUCAAGGAGUAUUUGGAUAAGUUUGUGGUCGUCUACUUGGACGAUAUCAUCGUCUACAGUCAAACACUCGAGGUGCAUGUCAAGCACCUUCGGACAAUUUUCAAGGUUCUCAGGGAGAACACAUUAUUCGUAAAAAGAGAGAAAUGCUAUUUUGCUCAAAUAGAGAUCUUAUUCUUGGGCCAUCGAAUCAGUGAUGGUUUCAUUCAGAUGGACAAAUCAAAAGUGCAAGCAGUUGCAGAAUGGCAAACUCUAAAGAAGGUGCUAGAGUUGAGAUCCUUCCUUGGUUUCGUCAACUACUAUCGACGCUUCAUAGCAGGGUAUUUGAAGCAUACAACUCCACUGACGGAGUUGCUGAAGAAGGAGCAGCCUUGGAAGUGGUCAGACAAAUGUAAAAUAGUAUUCCAAGAUCUGAAGGCUGUUAUUCUGGAAGAAUCGGUACUCAAAUUGUCGGACUAUGGAGAGCCUUUUGAAGUCCAUACAGAUGCUUCAGACUUCGCCAUUGGGGGACGAAGCUCUACGUCCAACAAGAGCCCCUUCAAGAUCAUUACAGGACAACAACCGUCAACUCCUCAUACCAUGACAAUUGGGUAUACUAGGAGUAGUCCAUCAGCCUACCACUUCGCAAAGGAGUGGCACUGA